AUUCGGAACCCUGUUUGUCCUUGAGAUUGAUUCCUACGCUGAAACUAACUCAAACCCACUAGGAACUAACAUUGUUGUCCUUUUCUUCCUCCAUCACAAGGAAUUCCUUCUUCGUAGUUAGUUACUUCAGUUCAUUAUAAAUAACCCAAGCCCCCAUAGAAGAAGAUUAACAAGAAGAAGAGAAGGAAUUAAUUAAGCUUUCCAAACCCUCUCAAGUAUAUUGUUGUUGUUGUUGCUUCUGCUCUCUUUCUCAUGGGUCGUUCAGUGAUGAUGAAAAGAACUAAGAAACAGAGGCUUCCAAGGAUUGAAACUCUGCCAGAGGAGCUGCUCACAGAGGUGAUAGCUCGAGUUGGGUCCUCUGCAGUGACUGACCUCUUCAACAUGAAAAAGAGUUGCAAAGGAUUCUGCAAGGCUGGAGAAGAUGCAGAAGUGCUUCGAAGGGUCUCACUAGAGAAGUUGCCUGCGGUUCCAUGGUGGAAUUCAUGUCGUGAGUUUAUGAGGCAGUGUGAGGAGAAAGGCAACCCAGAAGCUCUAUUCAAACGUGGAAUGGUUGAAUAUUUUAGUAACAAGAAAUCAGAAUCAGGGAUCGAGUUUUUAAAGAAAGCAGCUUGUCUAGGACAUGAAGAAGCCGCAUACAUGCUAGGAUUAAUCCUCUUGUGCAUCAAUAACCGAUUAAAAUCCCAAGCUUUAGAAAUUCUGCAAAAAGUGGAGGAAGGUUCACCAUCAACAAAGAUCCAAAAAUGCCGUUAGCGAUCAAAGGAGAUAAUCCGGCAAAUGUGGACCAGUACUGGUUUUCUCCCACAACCAGAACCUAUGUGUACCAGUUUAGUCUGCAAGAGUAAGUUACUGAAUUCUGGGUGGUUGUCAAUGGAAGAUGUAGAACCUCCAAGUUGUGAAGCUUGCAAAUGGGAUAGGGAAAUUUUUUUGCUUAGAAAUGUGCUACAUGCAACAUAGACUAUUCCUGCUUAAAUGCAAGUGUGGCUGUUCUUGCUAGGAAAUGUCUUGAAUAAUACAUGUAUAUGGAUCUCUUAAUUUUGUAUGUUACAUUUUAAUGUCA